GGUGAGGGAAGGAAGAGAGUAACGGGUUGGAGUGGGCGAAAAUUUGGUUUUGUAAAGAGAAGAAGAGGGAAGCAGGAGUGGAGACAACGCUGUGUGUGUUUUGUUUUUUUUACGUGUGUGUGUGUUUGCAGCUAACAUGUGCUCUGGUUGGGUGGUGCUCUUCUUCUGUCUCUCCCACACAGAGCUGGGUAAAGUUUGGGGUCAACAGCAGGCAGACGUCAUGUACGGUGUGGCCUCAGAGCAGCCGUUUGGUACUGAAGAUAAAGGUCAGAGAUCAUCUUCUGGCAGGAUAAGCAGGGCAGUUCAGGAUGGAGGAGUCACAAUCAGCACGCUGCUGGACAACAUGACACGCGUGGUGGAUUCUAACAAGUACUAUACAUGGAGAGGUUUCGGCCCAAAGGACUGGCGCGCGCAGGACCUGUGGUUUGACAUGACCGAUGUCCAGCAUGGCCAAGUUCGAGUCCACAACAUUUUGUCCAAUUCAUACCAACAAGCUGUGAGGGUUGCGUUGUCCUUUGACUUUCCUUUUUAUGGAGAUUACCUGAGGCAGAUCGUCAUAGCAACAGGAGGAUUCAUCUUCACGGGGGACGUGACUCACCGAAUGCUGACCAUCACACAGUACAUCGCCCCUCUGAUGGCUGAUUUUGACCCCAGCCUCUCCAAACAAUCCACUGUGCAGUACCUGGAUAAUGGAGAAGUCUUUGUGGUCCAGUGGGAGCAGGUCAGACUUCCUGGCAAAGAGUCAAAGGGUGCUUUUACAUUUCAGGCUGCGCUGCAUAAAACAGGAAGAAUCACAUUCAGCUACCAAGAAAUACCUCUGCCUCUAGACGCGAUCGGGUCAGCUGAACAUCCUGUGAAGGUCGGCUUGUCAGACGCCUUCAUGAUUGCGUCGUCUUCUCCUCGGUCACCAGAGGCAGCUCAGAGGACAAUCUAUGAAUACCAUCGAAUUGAGGUAGACAUGAAAAGGAUCAGCAGUAAGUCUGCUAUAGAGCUGACACCACUGCCCACCUGCCUGCAACACGACAGCUGUGAGCUCUGCCUCUCCUCCAACCUCACCUCUGGUUGCACCUGGUGCAACGUUCUCCAGAGGUGUUCUGAUGGAGUGGACCGACACAGGCAGGAAUGGCUGGAUUAUUCCUGCUCGGAGGAGAGCAAAGAUGCAACCUGUGAGGAUUACUACAGGGGCGAUGACUUCACUGGUUCCUCUGUUGCACCAGAGGCAGAAGACGCGACGUCUGGCUGGGAAGGCUGGGAACGUGGUGGUGAGGACAGAGAUGACACUAAACGUCGCACAGUCAAGCACGGCAGUGAUGUGAAAUCAGGGUCUUCAGUCAAGAAUAAAGGAUGGUCUAACACGGCAGUGAUCUCUGGUGUCGCUGCUGCUCUGGUGUUCCUGGCUCUGAUCCUUGCAGCUCUUUGUGUCCACUGUCAUCCCACUGCAGGACCACUUCACCUCAUCCACUUUCAGAAGCAGCAGCCUGGUUACACAGAGGUGGAAGGAGAAGGUCACGACAAAUACAGCAUUGUUGAAGCCGGGUCUUGCUGAAGAAAGGAAACUCAGAAGAGCAACAGAUGUUUAUCCAAGUGUAUAAUAUGUGACAGGAAUAAGAUUAUAGUUGUACAUUAAUAACGGUUUUAGAGACCAUUCCAAAAAGAUAUAGUUUGUUGGAAAAGUUUGGAUACUGAGUACGUGGGCGUUUUAUGACAGAAAUGGACAACUCUGUGUUCAACAUUUGUUAUUUUUCUGCUGACAGUCCUACAAAAAUGCACGGUGUGUCCUUUUGCUACAUAAAGACAUCAAAUUCUGGUUUCUCUUGCUUGUUGAAAUAACUAGAAGAAAGCACAGCAAUAAUAAAACACUUAAUAAUGAAAACAUUAAAUUACAAUUAGAUGAAAAACAAAAUUCUUCAAGUUCACAAAACACAUAUAAAAGCUUUAAAAUUGGUGAAAUUUCACUAAAAAUAUAAUGGCAACAGUGAAAAUGACAGAAACAUUGAGAUUUAUUUUAAGUUGUAGUUUUGCCUUAAAUAUUUUUCCCAGUGUUGUGAUGUAUUCUGUUCAAAAAGGCUUCCAAGUUGCAAAAUACUUGUUUUCAGUUUUGAAAAUUAUUGGUGACACUUUGAAAUAAGGGUCCCUUUAUUAACGUUAAGCAUUAAUAAAUAUUAAAUAGAUUAUUAACAACUGCGUAAUGUUUAUGCAUUACUAAGCCCAGUCAUUCUCCUGACCUGGAACCUGGAGCCGCACUGCUAACUGUCUUUAUGCCAGUUUGCUAACAUCUGUGUUUACAGAAGCAGGUGUCUGUAGAGCUGACUCGCACCUUUCAGUGGAAGCAUACAGCUGUGCUUUGUCAUGCAGUAGUCCCAAGUCUAAAAUGGUGGCUGUGAUCCCUAUUACAAGUUAAUUUCAUUUGCGCUCAGCAGGAAUGGGAUUACCACAGAUCACAGCAUGCCCUAUAGCAGUGGUUCCCAACCUUUUUCCCAAGGGACCCCGUUUUUUACCAGUAAAAUUUUUGACGACCCCCUCCCAUUCUCUCUUCCAGUACAAACAGUAUUAAGAAAUGAUAAAAUUGUUCAAGCACAUUUUAAUAUGCUUUGAUUCAAUAGAUAACAGUAAUAGUAGCCUCCAGUACAGAACAAAGUCAUUAAAAAACCAAACAGAGCAUACUGUGCUUGACAGUUUGUAUUACUUUUCUGAACACAUUGUUUCUUGUAAACACUGAUAAAUCAAUCAUUCCUUUCAAUAAACGUUUGACACAUUAAAAAAUACACUGAGCAAAAUGUACUUAAAUGUGUAUAUUACUGUUUAUACUAGAUUAUUUAGUGUAAAGGCUGUGAUUAAUCAACCAGUCCUAUCUUUAAUGAACUUUUGACACUUGAAAAUAAAACAGUGAGCUGAGAAAAAUGUU